AUGUCUUGGCGUCAAAGAAAAAUACCCCUAUCUAUCUACAGAGGAGGAACCUCUAGAGCACUGUUUUUUCAUAAAAAAGAUAUCCCUGUAGAUCCAGUUCUCCGUGAUAAAGUUUUGAAGAGAGCUAUGGGAACACCGGAUCCUGAUCAAAUCGAUGGUUUGGGAUCAGGUGUAAGCACACGGUCUAAGGUGGCUAUAAUUUCAAAAUCAAACAAUCCUGGAGUUGACAUUGAAUACACAUUUGCACAAAUAGGUAUAGCAGAUGAUACUGUGGAUUACGAUGCCAACUGUGGAAACAUAUCGUCCGCGGUAGGUCCUUUUUCUAUUGAUGAAGGGCUUGUUAGUACAUUCCUACCUGGAAAAACAAUUAAUGGUGGAAUCAAUACUCAGUUAGUUAGAAUAUUUAAUACGGGAACCCAAAAAAUGAUAUAUUCACAUGUUCCUAUCAAUUCUGAAGGAAUAGUUCAAUUUGAAGGAGAUUUUAAGGUUGAUGGUGUUCCAGGUAAUGGCGCCCCAAUUUUGAUAGAUUGGAAAGAUACCGUUGGAGCUUCGAGAAACUUAGGGCCAUUACCAACUGGAAAUCCUAUCAAUUUCAUUAAUGUCCAAGGAGUUGAUAUCCCAGCAACAAUCUGUGAUGUUGGAAAUAUUGCGGUUUUUGCAAAAGCAUCCGAUUUUGGCUUGACGGGAUCUGAGAGUAGACAAGAAAUUGACAAUAACCUGGAUAUUGAUAGAAUGUUGAGAAUAUUUCGAUCUAAGGCUGCCGAGCUUGUAGGAAUGACUGAUGAUUGGAAGAAAGUUGUGGAUGAAACUCCAUUCACUCCAUUUAUUGUUUUACUUUCUUCUGUAUCUGAAAGUACUCCAGAGAUGGACAUUCAAGCGCGCUUAAUAUUAAAAAACCAUUGUCAUCCGUCAUUGGCAGCUAGUGGAGCUAUCUGUAUUGCAGCAUGCAGUCGAAUACCUGGAACUGUACUAAACAACAUGAUUUCUAAAGAAUCACUUUUAAAAGAUCAUAUCAAAAUUUCUCAUCUAAAAGGAAGUUUAACAGUGUGGGUAGAGACUGGAGAAUCGCAAACAUCGAAAAACACACAUUUUGAAGUACUUGCAAUUGGAAGAACUGCUCGAAAAAUAUUAGAUGGAUACGUCUAUAUACCUGAGACUGUUUGGGAAAGUUAG